GGUGACAAAUAGCGGAAGUUACAUGUUUCAGUUCUAACAUCCGGUUACGACGCUAAUUUCUAUAUCUCACGCAGUUUUUCUACAAGCACUCGCGUCUCUUGUGUAUAUACAAGGAUAUACAUACAUACAUACAAUAUAUAUAUAUAUAUACAGACGUCUGUGUGUCGAGACAGAACAUACACACGCCCGCCUGUAUGUAUAUAGGUGCGUACAUCGACGACAGACACAACAAUUAGCAAUCAUCACAAAUGUCACAUUGAUUUUUUCCGUUCUUGGAGGUCUGUCACUUUUUCCUCCGUCACGAAUCUCAAAUAUCUUGUUGAUUAAUUCAUUCUUAUCUUCACAACACCGAAAAACAAAAAACAAAAAGAAAAGAAAUAAAAAAGCAUUUUACCUCGGACGAAUUGGGAUUUGGAUUUCCAGUUCUAAGAGUUAAUUGGUGAAGUUUAACAAACAUGGCAUCAUGAUGAAUGAUGAAGAAUCAGAUGCAGUCUCUGCAUCAAUCCUUGACGAUGAUGAAGAGGAGAUAUUUGAAGUUAAUCAUGACAAACCAAUCCUACCUUUAAGACAAAGUGGGAACCGAGCCACACAAUGGACAUGGUGUGGAAAAUUCCUCAAGUCUGUUGGACUAUCAGCGUCUUUUUUAGCUCUCGGACUUUGUUUGGCCGUACCCGGGGUGACAUUACUGGACCUGAAAGAACGGGUAGGCACCACCACCGAGUACAUCUCCUACAUUUUCACAGCACGCUCAGUGGGAUACCUGCUUGGUUCCAUUCUGGGUGGAUUUCUGUUUGACCAUUUUGACCAGCAGCUGCAACUCUCUUACACCCUCCUCCUCACUUCUGUGGCCACCAUCACAGCACCAUGGUGCACUUCUCUUGUUGUUCUGGCUCUCAUGAUUUCCUUCCAAGGAAUCGCAAUGGGAGUUCUGGACACAGGUGGAAAUGUUUUCUGUAUGAGAAUCUGGGGUCAACAAAGUGGACCUUACAUUCAAGCUAUGCAUUUUGCUUUCGGUAUUGGUGCCUUUAUUGCCCCACUAUUAGCUAAACCCUUUCUGGCCCCUGUCAUAUCUAGCAACAUGACACCAAUUAUAACCCAUCCCCACCUACACGUGCAUAUUCCAGGCAUGGAUGCCAAACAGCAUCUGUUAUAUCUGCGAGACGUUGGACAACCACUUACCUGGAAUCAAUCUACAGGUGGCAUCAGCACGACUACCGAAUAUUUCAGUGAUAGUAACAGUAGUGUAUUGGCAGCGGAUAACAGUUCCCGAACCCGAUACCCUCUGGCUCCAGCCCUCACGUCCACAUCACCAAGACCGAAAAAACCAAACAGUGCUAAUGGAAAAUUCCUCAAGAAAACUUAUGCCGACGGCCAGCGCAUCAAAACUCAUUUGAUGCAAUCUGAAGAAUCGGAGAAGAACAAGAAUGCAGUAGAGAAUCAGAAAAAUGUCAUGAUGACAUCAUCCACCACCUCUUUGACUACUAACAGGUUGGCAGCAUCCGCUAACGGUUCAACUGCAACCGCAUCUCCUUCCCUGCCUGUAGACUCAGCUUCUGUCACCACUACUAAUAUUAAAAAUACUGGUACUACUAUUACAACCACUACUCCUACUACAACAAAGGCAACUGCUGCCGCUACUACUCCUACUACUGCUACAACUACUACUACUACUACUACUACUACUACAACUGCUGCUACUGCAGAAAGCAAGGCAGUAGUGACGCCCUCCUCCAUUCUACAAUUAAGGACUGUAACGAAUUAUGUGAUGAAGCAGAAAAUUAACCAGAGUUCUUCUGCUGCUGCUAAUACUACCACCAGUAGUAAUCAUAGUAGUAGUAGUAGUAGUAGUAACAAUGGUGGGAAUAAUUCAGUAUUGACAAGUGGAAAUUCUUAUUUGCCCUCCAGUAAUCAGUCAGUGUCAACAGAAAAUCCCACACUGACCACGUUCCACCCACAAAAGCCUGAGACAUUUGACAAGAUGCUGAACAAUGCCAUCCACGCUGUGAAGGGCAUGUCCCACAUCCAGUUUGCUUACAUGAUCAUUGGCGUUUUCCUCUUUCUUGUUAGCAUAUUCUUCAUGUGUCUCUACUGCUACGACAAAUCCUACCAGAGUCCAGUUGCUUACCGGUGUGACCGGAAGCACAAGUCUUGCUUUGAGGACCAAGGUUUCCGCAUUCAGAUCCUCAUAGCUCUCUUCAUAUUCUUCUUCAUGUACGUCGGCAUGGAAGUUACAUUUGGCGGGUUUAUAAUGAUUUUUGCUGUCGAACAGUUUCACUGGAGCAAAGACAAUAGUGUGAUUUUAACGUCACUGUUCUGGGGAGCACUUGCUACCGGCCGGGGCAUGUCUAUUUUUAUUACCAGAUGCUGUGUCCCUUGUUGGAUGCUCGUUACAAACAUCACACUAGUCCUUCUUGCCAGUUUAAUCCUAUCGUUUGGCCUGGUUCACUACCAGGUUCUCCUCUGGGUUGGUACUUUACUGUUUGGUCUCGGUCUCUCAUCCUUGUUCCCAACAGGGAUGUCAUGGGCCGAAAGCUACAUGACAAUGACCGGAAAGGCGACCGCUGUCCUGAUAGUCGGUUCAGCAUUGGGUGAGAUGAUACUACCAGCCAUUACUGGUUUCUUCUUCACCAAAAAGAAGAUGGUUUUGAUGUACAUAAUGUUCAGCUUCAGCCUGCUUAGUUGUCUUUGUUUCAUCAUAAUGCAGAAUCUCGCUUCAAACCAGCAUCGCAAGUCAAUGAGGAGCGAACUUUCGUCAUCGCUCGAACAACAGCAACAGGUGUCACUCAUGAACGGUUCACCUUCCAGCCUGUCCCAUGGAUGCAAUGGCGACCUCACAUGUCGCAAACAUGUGACUUUCAAACUCGAUCAUGACAGGGUCAAAUAUGACCGGCUCCACUCUUCAGAUGAGGAAUAAGAAAUAAUAAAAUAAAUAAAUGAAAAUAAAAUAAAAUAAAAAUUGUGAGGUGGCAAAGGAGAAAAAGACACUUUUAAAAAAAAAAAAAAAGAAAAUUUAUGUUUAUAUAUUUAUUUAGAAAAUAAUUAUUUUUUAAAUUCUAUAUUUUUUAUUUAUUAUUUGAUUAUUAUUUUCAUUGUUUUCUGCUCCUCCACAUCAAAAACCUACACUCCAUGUCCCCCCCCCCUCAUCUAUAGACUACUUCAAUCCUUGAUCUUUCACUCAUCCUUGCCACACUCCAGUUGUGUUUUUUUUUUCCCUGCAAUUUGCUAAACAAAGAUAGUAUUCCUUUUGUUUUGUUUUUAUAAAUAGUUUUUUUUUAUCUGUUUGUUUAUUUUUGAUUGUUACAUUGCUAUUUUUUUUGUUUGUUCUCUAUUUUGGUUUGUAUGUGAGUGUGAACGCUUUACAUUCCAUUUCAGUAUAAUGUAAUGUCUAUGUGUGUAUAUAUACAUAAACUUUGAGUGCAAAUAUACAUCACAUACACACACGAUGAUGUAUAUGAGUGGAUAUUAAAUAUCUUUGCUCAUAUACACCGCACAGACAGUUGAAUAUAUAUUUACAUACAUACAUAUCUACAUACACAUAUUACAUACAUACAUAUGUAAGCAAUUAUAGAAACAUACAUUAGCAUACAUGUAGAUUUGUGCACUCACUCACACAAGGACACACACACACACACACACACAUAUAUUAAGAAAAAGUAGGCUGCCAGAAUUAUCCAAAAUUCUCUCUGUUUCCUUUUUCUUAAUAUACAAUAUCUGCACACCACUUCAAAUACUCUAUACAUACACACGUGCGUGCAUGCAUGCACAUACAUACACACACACUCACUAUGUGUUUCUGGAAGUUUACCUAGGUUUCUCAAUAUAUAAAGCAUAUUUAAACAUUGCCUUACUUAUGGAGACACCCUGUGUAUGUAUGUAUGUACAUGUGUACAUCUAUGUAUUAUACAUCCACAUACAAAUGCACGUAAUUAAAAAUCUUAUUUAUUAACAAUUGGAUGAAAUCAUUGAUGUUUAAAUUAAUUUUGAUGCAACUUGCUUAUUUAUUAAUGAAGAGAACCUUUUUUUUUUUUUUGUAAGAAAGUUUUCCAUUUGUUAAAUAAACAAGGGAUUUAUAUUUUCCUUAUUAUUAUAA